AUGUGUAGUAAAGUUGACAAUUGCUCCUCAAAAUUGGAAAGCAUUGAUGGUGAACUGUCAAAGAUAGAAGAAAAAUUAUCAAACUUUGACGAAUGCAGAAAGAGAACGUUUAGUUUACUAGAAUUACAACUAGAAUCCCUUCAGUCUGUACUUCAAAAUGCUGAUAGUGAUACGGAUAUCAAGCAACACACCAGUUUAUUUGUAUCAACUGUAAAGUCGAAAUUGUCAGAUUACAUAAAAGCUCACCGUGAUAUUCACCUUCCCAUUUCGAAAUUCGGAAAACUUGUGGACAAGAGUUUUGUUGACGAACUUUCUCAUCUUACUACCUAUUUUACAAAUCAUGAGAAGAAAGAAUCUAAAACCACCAAAUCUAUAAUAAAACCUGUAUUAAAAACAUCAUCGCUAUACAAAGAUUCUCUGUCAUCCAAAUCUCCAGAUGAUCUCUUACGGUUAGUUAUCAUCGAACACUUACUUCGUGAAGGCCACGAAUCUCUGGCCGUUGACCUAAUGCAUAAUUUCAGUUUUACUCAGGAAGAUAUAGGAUUAGAAAAGUUUAAGGAGCUAAGUGAUCUGGUUUCAUCUACACAACGAGGAGAGCUAGAUCCAGCGAGAAAAUGGUUAUCAAAUAAUCGAGAGGAACUUGGCGAUAAGGCAAAGCAGUUAGAAUAUUGUCUAGCCAAACUUGAUUUUUUGUCUACAAUACAAAAAGAACCUGUGGAUCCAGCUGCUGUGAUUCAAAGUGCUCGUCAGCUGGUUCCUUUUGCAUCUGAUUACUCUUCAGAUUUUGAACAUCUUAUGGGGAGUCUUGUUUUUAUUGGACGUAGUCUUGAGGAUACUCCGUAUGCUGAUUUGGCCUUGCCAACCAGCCCCACAAAAAUGUCUUCUGAAAGCUCCCAAGUAAAUAAAACUUCUGAAGAUGUUUUUAUGAUGGAUGGUGAAUAUUCUCUCUCAGUGUCACCUGUAACAACUAAACACAAAGCAGAUGGUAGCAAUGCUUUGACAGAAGCGGCAAAUUUGUUUAAGGCUUCAUGUUGUUAUCAUUUAAAUUUAUCAGAUACUGAUCCACUACUCACUGCAUUUUCCUCCGGAUGUCGUGUACUUACUCGGCUUCAUUCGUUACAACGUGCAAUCGCUUGCCUCAGUAAGUACAGUUCAUUGGAUGGUGACAUGUUACCAAUUGCUGUUAAACUGGAUCCCAGCGCACACCGCCAUAAUAUCUUCCACUGUCCUGUUAUCAAAGAAGUAAUCUCUGAGUCGAAUGAUGGCGCUAUUGGAGGUGGCCCUGUACGCUUAACGUGUGGUCAUGCGAUAUCACGAGAUGCAUUCAACUCUUUGGCUAGUGGAGAUAGAAGUCGAAUGAAAUGUCCUUACUGUCCUGUGGAGACGUUUAAAAACCAAGUAUUGGAUCUGAUAUUCUAA